AUGGCCCCGAAAAAAGAACCAGCAAAAAAGAAAGAAACAACAGCCACAGCAUCAGCUAGUGCUGCUUCGACUGCAUCUACUACAACAACCACGGCAAGUGCAUCCGUUACUAAAAAAGCAAAAGUGCCAACAACAACAACAGGUCCAAAAACCGGAGCAGUCACUAGUAGUGCUGGUAGCGAUGGAACAAAAGUUGUGACAAAACAAAAGAAAGAAAAGGUUAAAACAACUGCAUUAAAAGCAAAACAACGUGCUAUGCGUGGUAAUCAAUUAACACGUAAGCGAAAAAUCCGUACAACACCAACAUUUCGUCGUCCGUUUACAUUACGUUUACAACGCACACCAAAAUAUCCAAGAAGAUCUGUACCAAAACGUAAUCGUCUUGAUCAUUUUGCCAUUAUCAAAUAUCCAUUAACAACCGAAUCAGCAAUGAAAAAAAUCGAAGAUAACAAUACAUUAGUAUUUAUUGUUAAUAUUCGAGCAAAUAAACCAUCGAUUAAGGCGGCUGUAAAAAAAAUGUAUGACGUUGAUGCUGAAAAAAUAAACACCUUAAUACGUCCGGAUGGUGAAAAGAAAGCUUACGUUCGAUUGAAAGCUGAUCAUGAUGCAUUAGAUGUUGCAAAUCGAAUUGGUAUCAUUUAA